AUGACGAAAGUUACCAUUAUAACACAGAAUUUUUCAUCCCCGAAUGAUGUUAGCGAUACCCCACUCAUGCUUUUACCACAGGCACCACCACCACCAAAAUCAACUACUGCGGCAGACAAAGAUCAAGAUGGUUUUAAUCAGCUUUUAUUACAUGAUCGACAUCGACAGCGACAAUCCUAUAUACAAAGUUACACUGCAUUUGAAACAUUAAAGAAACGACAAGAUUUUGUACUUCGCCAAGAAAAUCUUCGUUCAUUACAGAAAUUCAUUGAACGCAUGUCGACGAAGCAAGAUCAGUUUAUUGAUCAAUCAUUCUAUUCGUAUAAGCAAUGCUUCGGAAAAUUUAUUAAUGUUAGGCCAUCGACACAACGAAACCUCCAAGAACAAUCACAACGACCAAAAACAGCUGGCCCAACGUAUGAUCGAACCUCGCAUCGGCAAUUGAUACAUGCUCCAACAGCUCCGCUCGAACCAGCACCUUCCAUACCAUCUCAUCGCUAUCAGAAGAGUAAUCGGCCGUCAUCAUCUACAAGAUAUCGAACGAAUGCGACCAGUUUACGUACACCAAGACAACGUCAAGAUCCCUUUCGAACAACGAGUUUCAUCAGUCAUAGUCAACCAUUCAUAUCGUUUUCAGAAAAUUACUUGCAAAGAUACGACGGGCCGACCACUAAAUCUCAAGUUAUCAAAUACAACAAUGGUAUAGAAAGAGCAACACAUAAAUUACAAACGACAACAAAUUUCAAUAGUGAUUCAGCAACCAAUCGAAGUACAAUUAAUAAACCAUCGAACGGUACUCGAACACCAAAUAAAGCUCAAGCAGCUAUGAAUAUUGGGGAAAACGAUCCUGUCGUCUCCGAUGAUGAUGAUGAUAAUCUCCCAAUGAAAGCUGAACCUGCAAUACCAGCAAAUGACGAUCAGUUAUUAUAUGAACAUGUAACGGAAACCAACUUGACAGACGAUCUGCCUCUACACGAAUCUCCAAUAACUGGUAUCAUAGAAGAUGAUCAUGAGAUUACGGAUAAUCCAGAAGAGAAAGUAACACGUAAGACCACUCGACAACCAUCAACUACACAAGCAGUUUUAAUAACAGAUCAUGUUACCAAUAGUACUGAUGCGAGAGAAACAAAAACAACAGAUCAUGUUCGACCUGUCACAACCGAAUCGAAAUAUUCCAUCAAUACAACAUUGAAAGUCACCGAUGAUUUAAAAACACAAACUCCAUCAAACAAUCGAUCAAAUACUGUAUCACGCUUGACUAAUACGCCAGCAUCAACUCCAGAAAUGACUUACACGGCUGCACUACAAGAUGGGCUAGUUAAAGAUAAAACACCUGAACCAGAUACAAACAGAAUUAAACCUGCAAUCACCGAAGAACGUCGUUUUUCUCAACAAUCGAACACUUUAACAAAUGAUAGUCGAAAGAAAACAUCCAUCUCACAGAAAAAACCUAAGUCGGCAAAAAAAAAGCAUACUAUUGUUGUCGCUGUACCAAUUGCAAACAAUGAACCCUUUACAGCCCCGAUAAGCAAUGACGAUGCAGAUUCAAUUGAGAAUGCGAUAACUGUACAAAACUAUGGCAACACUCUUCCGGAACAGACAAUAACAGUAAAACCAAAGCGUCGACGAGUACCCGCAACUCCAGCGAAGAAACCGAUCACAGCAGUGCGCCGCUCGUCAAUACCUUCUAAAACUGAACCUGUUAAAACCAAAGACGAGACUCCUACACAAGCAAAAGCAGUAGUUGCAGACAAACAAGCACCACCUGAUGUUACCGAGGAGAAGAAGGAAGAAGUUGCUCCUGUGGAAACGAAUAUUUUACCAAAACAAAAUCAACAACCUGAACCAAUUGAAGAACCAUCCGUACGCACAAAGAAAGAUGCAUUUGAAACAUCUGGACCGGCUGCUCUGAUGACUAAUGCAGAAUUGAAAGCCUUGGGUAGUCACCGUACGGUCGUGAAAAAGACGAGAUUUCAUCUAGGUAAACCAGUAGCAAAACAUUCAGCUGAAAAAGUAGCCACAUGCGAACCGGAAACCUUAGAACUAAUCGAGAAAAUUCAACAAAGUGAAGUUGGAAAUGAGAUUGGUCGAACGUCGAUAUCAAAACAAGGAUGUCGGUUCGAAUUACCAUCUGACUUGAAGAAACUCGAAGGUUUAACUCCAUUGGAAUACAUCGGUCGCUACUGUCGUUUCUCAUCUCAUCGAAGAUACCAAUUCAAACGUAUUUUCGAUAAAUAUCGUAAUAGUAAACAUGUCGUGGAGCUAACUAAUCUUUACUCGGCGGUUACCGAUAUCCACACAGAUAGUUUUACUCGUUCACAAUACGACGAAUUAUGUCAAUUGAUAGGUGCGGAAGAUCCACACACACAAUUUUCGUUCGAGACAUUUUCAGGCGUCUUAGCCGUAUGUGAACGUCUCGUGUACGACGCAUUAAAUUCUUCGAGUGAUCCCGAAGAUUACGAACUAGCGAAAGAUCCAUUAGAGAAAUGUGAUUUCUAUUCGUUGAAACGCAAACUCGACGGUUUUAAUAUAAGUAAAGCGUUGAGAAAACUAAUACAUACGCUCUGA